UCGCGUGGUUUUUCGUCCCUUGUAAUAACGGUUGAAUGGUGUGCUGGUGUCCUUGGAGCUGAAGAUUAGCUGACUUUGCUGCAGAUUGUGAAAUUCCUGGAGGAUUAAAGUUCGCUACCUCAGGACUUUGCGAUGUCCUUUGAGGAGUUCUGCGGAGGUCCCUUCUGGGACGGUAAGCUGGAAUGGAGCGCCGAAAACCCGGACUUGACGUUCUGCCUCCAACGGGUAGCUCUUCAAUGGAUACCAUGCCUGUUUCUGUUCAUCUUCUCGAUGUACGAGGCGUACAAGUACUCAAACAGUCGCUUCCGUGACAUCCCGUGGAAUUGGUUCAUUCUGACCAAGAUGCUGGUCACGUUUGUGUUGAUGUGCAUGAGCUGGAUCGACCUUGGGAUGGUCGUAACCUUCAAAGAAGAGCAGGGUCUCUUCGACGUCCAGAUCGUGACUGCCGUACUCAACGCGGUGUCUUAUAAAGUAAUGCUUGCGCUACUCUUCUCUCAACGACGAUACGGGAUUCGAAGUUCGGGAACGAUCUUCAUCUUCUGGUUCAUGCGAAUGUUCUUUGGAAUCAUUCAGCUGCGUACUGAACUGCAGAACAAGGAGCUCCGAGGAGACGUGUCCAGCGAUUCCGUCAACUUUUGGGAGUACCAAUACAUCAGCUACGUCAUUCAGUACGCGUUCAUCUGCCUGAUUUUGGUCAUGGAACUCUUUCCAGACCAAGAACCGUCCUACAGUGACUAUCCGGACGCGAAGAACCCAAACCCCGAACUCCGAUCCAGCUUCUUCGUCCGGCUGUUUUUCGCGUACUUUGACUCGUUCACCUGGAGAGGUUUCCGCAAUCCGCUCACCAUGGACAGCAUGUACGACAUCAAUCCGCAGGACGCUUCGCGCGAGUUGGUACCGCCGUUUGACAAGUACUGGUACGAGAGCGUCGAAAAGGGUCGCCAGAAGCAGAUACAAGCGGACAAGAAGGCCGGCAAGACGGGGAUGGAGUACAAAUCGCACGCCCAAACCAACGGAUCCGUGCUUCCGGCGAUGGUGAAGGCAUACGGAGCACCGUUCUGGUUUGCCGGGUUGUUCCAGCUUGCGAUCUCUUUGCUGCAGUUCGCGUCACCUUACCUGAUGCAGGAGCUGAUGAAAUGGAUCGCAAUCGAUGGUCCUGGCUGGCAGGGUGUCAUGAUCACUUUUGGACUCUUCGCGACUUCGCUGCUGAUCGCGCUGUUCAAUGGUCAGUACUUUUACAACACGUUCCUAACCGGGUUCCGCAUUCGUACCGGGUUGAUCAGUGGAAUAUACCGGAAGGCGCUGCGCAUCUCCAGUUCCGCUAAGAAAGACACCACCGUGGGAGAGAUCGUGAAUCUGAUGGCGGUCGAUGCGCAGCGAUUCUUUGAGUUGACGUCCUACCUACACGUACUGUGGUCCGGACCGCUAAUUAUUGCGCUCUGUAUCUACCUGCUGUACGAGAUCCUCGGAGUAGCGGUGUUUGCUGGAUUGGGUGUGAUGAUCGUUAUGACUCCAAUUACCGGCGUGCUGGCGACGCAGAUGCGUGACCUUCAGGUGGAACAGAUGAAGAUUAAGGAUGAUCGCGUGAAGAAGAUGAACGAAAUUUUGGGUGGUAUCAAGGUGCUAAAGUUGUACGCGUGGGAGAAGAGCUUCCAGGAUACGAUCCUGGAGGUACGUGAUAAAGAAAUCGGGAUCCUCAAGAAGAUGGCGUACUACGGAGCGGGAGUGUACUUUACCUUUACGAUGGCACCGUUCCUGGUGACCCUAAUCUCGUUCGCCGUGUACGUAGUGAUGGACGAGAACAACCAUCUAGAUGCGCAAACCGCCUUCGUCUCCCUAGCUCUGUUCAACAUUCUACGUUUUCCGCUGGGUUGGUUACCCAUGAUGGUCACAUUUGCGAUGCAGGCCUGGGUCUCGGUGAAACGUAUCAACAAGUUUAUGAACAGUGCAGAGUUGGAUCCAAACAACGUGACGCAUCAUGCUAGCGAAGAUGCGCUGUACAUCAAGGACGGAACCUUUUCCUGGGGUGAAGAUACACCAACUCUGAAGAACAUCCACCUAUCGUUACGUAAGGGUCAACUCUCCGCGGUGGUUGGCGGUGUCGGCACGGGUAAGAGUUCACUGAUUUCUGCGCUGCUUGGGGAGAUGGAGAAGUUGUCCGGAUCGGUCAAUACGGACGGAACGAUCGCGUACGUUCCGCAGCAAGCAUGGAUUCAGAAUGCUACUCUAAGGGAGAACAUCCUGUUUGGGAAGGCAUUCGAUCAGAAGAAGUACGACAAAGUUAUUGAGAGCUGUGCGCUGAAGCCUGAUCUGGAGAUGCUACCGGGUGGGGACAGUACGGAGAUCGGUGAAAAGGGUAUCAAUUUGUCGGGUGGACAGAAGCAGCGCGUUGCUCUGGCAAGAGCAGUCUACGCAGAUGCCGAUAUCUACCUGUUUGAUGAUCCGUUAAGCGCGGUUGACGCCCACGUUGGAAAGCACAUUUUCGAGCAGGUGAUUGGACCUGAAGGUAUGCUGGUUGGACGAUCAAGACUGUUGGUGACCCAUGGGAUAUCCUUCUUGCCGUUCGUCGAGGAGAUAUUUGUGGUCAAGGACGGAGAGAUCUCCGAGAGUGGUUCGUACCAGGAGCUGCUGGAUCAGAAGGGUGCGUUCGCAGAAUUCCUGACACAACACAUUCAGAGCUUGGACGAAGAAGACGAAGAAAUUCAACUGCUACAGGAAACACUUACGGACGAAUCUUCGCAAAAGAUUGUACAGCGUGCCAUAUCUGUGAUCUCAAGCCAAUCGGACGAGAAGGCUCCUAGGAAACGAAUCAGCAGGCAAGAAUCAAGACAAAGCAUGCAUAAGGAGAAACCAUUGAAGACGGUCGAUCAAUCAACGCUCAUCGAGAAGGAGGAAUCCGCAACGGGAGCCGUUACGCUGGCAGUCUACCUGAAGUACACCAAAGCCAUCGGCUUGUCCCUCGGUCUGUGGUCGAUCAUCUUCAGCCUGAUUACGCAAGGAAGCGGAGUGUAUUCCAGCAUUUGGCUGACGGACUGGUCGGAAGAUCCGAAGGCGAUUACGGACACCUCGGUGCGUGACAUGUACCUGGGGGUGUACGGAGCUCUUGGAGGUAUUCAGUCGAUCGCGCUGUUCAUCAGUUCUGUGGCGCUGGGAUUGGGCUGCUUGAAGGCGGCCAAAGAGCUGCACGAUAAGCUUUUGGAAAGCUCGAUGAAGAUGCCGAUGUCGUUCUUCGACACGACUCCACUUGGCCGAAUCAUCAAUCGAUUUUCCAAGGACGUAGACGUGAUGGACAACGUGCUUCCGGCUACGAUCCGGGCGUGGCUGUACUUCCUGUUCAGCGUGAUUGGAGUGUUUGUGGUGAUUGGGAUUUCUACGCCAAUCUUCCUAGCGGUCGUCCCACCGCUCAUGCUCAUCUACUACUUCAUCCAGAAGGUGUACAUUGCGACAUCGCGUCAGUUGAAGCGGUUGGAGUCAGUAACGCGUAGUCCGAUCUAUUCGCACUUUGGGGAGAGCAUCAGCGGACAGUCGACGAUCCGGGCUUACAACGAGCAGAUGAGGUUUACGCGGGAGUCCGAGGACAAGGUCGAUUACAACCAGAUGGUUUCAUAUCCGACGAUUUUGGCGAAUCGCUGGCUUGGAAUUAGGUUGGAGAUUGUGGGAAGUUUGGUUGUGCUGUUUGCUGCUUUGUUUGCGGUGUUGGCGAAGGACACAAUUGGACCGGCUACGGUUGGCUUGUCUAUUUCGUACGCUUUGCAGAUAUCCGCCACGUUGAGUUUCAUGGUACGGAUGACGGCUGAAGUUGAGACGAACAUCGUUGCGGUUGAGCGACUCGAGGAGUACACGGUAUUGCCGAGGGAAGACGUCUGGCAAAAGGGUAAAGUGGACGAGAAGUGGCCGGUAGAUGGCAGGGUAGAGUUCAAGGACUUGCAGAUUAGAUACCGUGAAGGUUUGGAGCUAGUGAUCAGGGGGAUCUCGUUGAGUGUGAAGGGUGGGGAGAAGAUUGGUAUCGUGGGAAGAACCGGUGCUGGCAAGUCAAGCUUGACGUUAGGAUUGUUCAGGAUUGUCGAAGCUGCCGGGGGUCAAAUCGUGAUCGAUGAUAUCGACAUUUCCAAAAUUGGACUGCAUCAGUUGCGUGGUCGCCUGACGAUCAUCCCUCAGGAUCCGGUAUUGUUCUCGGGAAGUCUUCGGAUGAAUAUCGAUCCGUUCAAGAAUUAUUCCGAUGAUCUGGUUUGGAAGGCGCUGGAGUUAUCACACUUGAAGACGUUCGUGAAGGGACUUCCGGCGGGAUUGGAGCACGAGGUAGCGGAGAAUGGAGAGAACCUGUCGGUUGGACAACGCCAGCUCGUCUGCUUAGCUCGUGCUGUUUUGAGGAAAACCAAAGUGCUGAUUCUGGAUGAAGCUACCGCUGCAGUCGAUCUGGAAACCGACGAUUUAAUUCAGAAAACAAUUCGUACGGAGUUUGCCGACUGCACGAUCCUGACGAUCGCUCAUCGCUUGAACACGAUCAUCGACUCGGACCGAGUGCUGGUGUUGGACAAGGGACUGGUUGCAGAGUGUGACUCACCACAGGCUCUGCUAGCGGACAAGAACUCAAUAUUCUACGGAAUGGCGAAGAAUGCCGGGAUUGUAAGUUAGACUGGGUCCGGAAUUAUAGUGGUAUUAGGUAAUAAAACUCAAUUCAAAGCUGGAAACAAGUUAAAUGACUCUAAAGAUAUCACCUCGUUAUUCAGGGAUGACUGUGCAAAUGACACUUGAUUCCAUAUUUGGUUAUCUAUUGGUUUAAUGAUUUUAUUGCAAGUCUCUUAUCGAUGAGGUAAGAUAGCGCCACAAGGAAAUGGCUUCGUAAUGGUCUCGUGGGAAAUCAACGCAAUACUUAGGCAAUGUCAUCAACAAUGAAUAAGCUGAUACCAGUCAUUACUUUUAAAUCUUUAUUGUAUGAAAAUAUAGGUGAUGUGAUCGUC